AUGGCGGAGCCGCUGCUGCGCCGAACUUUGUCCCGCCUGAGGCGCCGGGAGCGCCGCGGAGCCGGGAGGGCGGAGGCCGAGGAAGGAGGAGGGUCCCGCCGGAGUGGCUGCGAGGAGCCGCAGAAUCACCGCGAGGAGCCCCAAAAUGAUCGUGUGGAGCCCCAAAGUCAUCGUGUGGAGCCCCUAAAUCAUCGUGUGGAGCCCCAAAAUCUCCUCGGGGAGCCCCAAAAUCAUCGUGUGCAGUCCCAAAAUGAUCGUGUGGAGCCCCAGAAUCACCGCGAGGAGCCCCAAAAUCGCUUCGGAGAGCCCCCAAACCUUAACGAAGAGCCCCAAAGUCACCGCGAGGAGCCCCGAGCUCGGCGGCCGGAGCCCGACGGGGCCGAGCCCUGGGAAGAGGCGGAGGCCGGGGGCGGCCCCCCGGUUUUGGGGGGUCCCGGGAGCCUGGAGCGCAGCAGCCGCCGCUGGGUGCUGGCCGGGAAGGGCGCGGAGGACGCGGGGGCCACCGGGCACGGCGACAGCGGCGCGGCACGAGGGGACAUUUGGUACAACCCCAUCCCCGAGGAUGAGGAUGACGAGGGGACCCGCGGGGAGGGGACCCCGAAGGGUUUGGGGACAACGGAGGGACACGGAGACCGCGGAGAGGAGGCGGGAGCCGGGCGGGGACAGGCCAGCGGGAAGCCGCCGGAGCCCCCCUCGCCCCCCGGCAAGGGCCGCCCCCUCCCCAAAUGCAAAUCGCCGGGCCCGGUGCGGCGCCUCUCGCUCAAGAUGAAGAAGCUGCCGGAGCUGCGGCGGAAGCUGAGCCUGAGGAGCCCCCGGCCCCGCGACCCCGAUGGGGCUGGGGGCUGCCCCUCGCCCCCCGAGUCCCGCCGGGAGUCCCGGAACGUCAUCAGCCGCUACCACCUGGACAGCAGCGUGGCCUGGGCGCUGCCCCGCGGGGGCUCCGGCCGGGCCGGACACCGCAGCGACGGCGACUCCCCGGAGCUGCCGGCCCGGCCCGCCCGGCCCGGGGGUCCCGCGGAGCCCGGGUUGGAUCUGGGGGCGUUCCGGCCUUACGAGGACCCCGCCGCGAGGGGCUCGGCCGUGCUGUCCGGCCUGGUCAGCGUCCAGCUGCGGGGGCUGCGGCCGGCCUGGCCGGAGCGGCUUUUCUGCGUGCUGCAGGUGGACGGAGCGAGCCGCGCUCGGACAGCGCUGCUGGCCGGAGGGGCCGAAUUCCUGCGGCUUGACCACUGCUUCAACCUGGAGCUGGAGCGGGCGCGGCUGCUGAGCGUGGCCGUGCUGGCCUGGGACGGCUCGGCCGGCAGGAACCGCCUGCUCUGCCACGGCACCGUGGGGCUGGCGCGGCUCUUCGAGGGUGGCCGGUCACAGGCGCUGGCGCUGGCUCUGCGGCCGCGGGCUGUGCUCUUCUGCCGCCUGUCGCUGUCACCGUCGCUGUCACCGUCACCGUCACAGCCGCGGGUGGCCCCGGGCCCGCGAGUGUUCGGCGUGGAGCUGUCACAGCUGGUGGCGCGCGAGGGACACCCGGGACAGGUCCCGCUGCUCGUGCUCAAGUGCCUGGCCGAGAUCGAGCGGCGUGGGCUGGCGGUGGUGGGGCUGUACCGGCUCUGCGGCUCGGCCGCGGCCAAGAAGGAGCUGCGGGACGCCUUCGAGAGGGACAGCGCGGCCGUGGCAUUGUCCGAGCGGCUCUGCCCGGACAUCAACGUGGUCACCGGGAUCCUGAAGGAUUUCCUGCGGGAGCUGCCGUCCCCGCUGGUGCCGCCCCGGCUGCAGCGCUCGGUGCUCGAGGCCAUGGCCCAGAGACCCCCCCGGGACCCCCCCGGGGACCCCGCGGCGCUGCUGGAAUGCCUGAGACCCCCGGAGAGGGCCACCCUGCGGCGGCUGCUGUCACACCUGAGCCUGGUGGCGGCGCUGCAGCGCUGGAACCGCAUGGGCAGCCAGAACCUGGCCGUGUGCUUCGGGCCCGUGCUGCUGCCCCCGCACACCUGCGCAGGUGAGGCCGCACGGCCCCGGGGCCAGCAGGGCCAGCAGGGCCACGCCCCGGGCCAGCAGGGCCAGCAGGGCCAGGAGCCCGGAGAGGAUGCGGCCGGAGCCGUGGAUUUCAAGCGGCACCUGGAGGUGCUACAUUACCUGCUGAGGGUGUGGCCAGUCCCCCCGCUCCCUGCCUGGGCCGAGGCUCCCCGGGGUCGCCCCUCGGCGCUGGCCCUGAGUGACCCCCCCGUGGUGGCCCUGAGUGACCCCCCCGUGGUGGCCCCGGGUGACCCCCCCGUGGUGGCGCGGUCGCGGCCGAGGGGUCCCGAGAGCCCCCCCAGCAACCGCUACGCGGGGGAUUGGAGCGUGUGCGACCCCCGGGGAGCGCCCGGGGACAGCGACGGCGACACCGAUUUCGAUGCCCUGAUCCGGGAACUGGAGCGGGAGCUGGGGACACGGCCGGACGUGGGGCUGUGA